AUGAAGUUGCCAGGCCACAUGCAGGCUCCGACCCACUUCUCUCCUGCAGACACGUGUCCGCAACCGCGGCAAGACCGUCCAUGCCACUCCUGUGUCCCUCGUCUUGGUCGACCUCUUCAGACAAAGCUAGCUCCGCCUGCAGAAGUGAAAUCGAAUCGUCUCCAUUGUCAAAGUGCCAGCUCGCCAUUCUGCAUAGAUUGCCUCAUAUUCUGCAAACUCGAGCAGUAUGUACCCCGGUGUGUUGGCCGGCGCCAGGAUGCCGUCGUGCACACCAGCAGUAGCCGCUCCCGGUAUAUGAACGGGAACCGUCGUGACUUCACUGGGAUCGCACUCCAUGGAGGCACGCACAGAGAGAACCAAGGCGUCCCCGUUUAUGGGAACAUCAAACGCAACGGUGGGUGUAACCCUCGGUUUCCGGUCGAACAAGACGACGCCUCCAGCAACAUGGUGCAGCUUCGCAGCCCUUGCCGGCACACCAAGUUCUUCUCGUGCUUGAGCGUCUUCCCAUUCACGACACGCUUGGGCCUCUCGUUGCAGGUGUUGUUGCUCCUGCUCUUCAAACCUUUGUCGUUCUUCUUCCUCCUUGUCCCUUUGAAGUCGCCAUUGUCUCUCCUCUUCUACAUCAAGCUGAAGUUGGUCAAAAUCCCUGGCCUCCGCAAGCUGCUUGUCCGCAUGCACCUCAGUCUCCACAGAGUUCACAAGCGAAUCCUCAAUGAUCUGCUCAUCUGA